AUGACCUUCCUGCCCACCGCCCGGCCGCCGCAGUCCGCCGAGAGCCCCGGCUUCCUCCGGGGCGGCUCCCUCUGGGGCAGCCGCCGCUGGAACCUCUUCGGAGGCAGCGGCUGGAGCGGUUCCAGCCCCAGGAAGAACUUCAGCUCCCUGCGGAAAAGCUUCAGCUUUCGCCUGCGCCGGGGCCACGAGCUGCGGCGCUCGGAGUCCGGGGGGCUCCUGCGCCCCGCGCGCCUUCGCACCAAGAGCGAGGGCGACGCCAGCUCCCUGCACACCUGCCCCAGCAAGCGGGACCUACUCUACCCGGAGCUGGCCAGGGUCGGGGGCCGGCUGCCCACCGACCCCGCACAAACGGGGGGACUCUGGAAACUCCUCACGAGCCGCUUCCGAAGGCGAGAGCGUGGCAGCACUGGCAACACGGGCCCCAAGGACCCCCACGGCGGUGUCGAGCCCAUUCUCCUGGGAGGGGUUCCGCUGCGGGCGCUGGAUUCGUUUGUGAACAGCCAGGAGUGGACCCUGAGUCGCUCGGUGCCUGAGCUGAAGGUGGGCAUUGUGGGAAACCUGUCCAGCGGCAAGUCAGCCCUGGUGCACCGCUACCUGACCGGCACCUACGUGCAGGAGGAGUCUCCAGAGGGUGGCCGGUUUAAGAAGGAGAUCGUGGUGGAUGGUCAGAGUUACUUGCUGCUGAUUCGAGAUGAAGGGGGCCCCCCUGAACUCCAGUUUGCUGCCUGGGUCGAUGCUGUGGUGUUUGUCUUCAGCCUGGAGGACGAGAUCAGCUUCCAGACCGUCUACAACUACUACCUGCGGCUCUGCAGCUACCGGAACACGGCGGAGGUGCCGAUGGUGCUGGUGGGCACACAGGAUGCCAUCAGUGCCACCAACCCCCGGGUCAUCGACGACUCCCGGGCACGGAAGCUCUCCAACGAUCUGAAGCGCUGCACGUACUACGAGACCUGUGCUACCUACGGCCUGAACGUGGAGAGGGUCUUCCAGGACGUGGCUCAGAAGGUGGUGGCUCUCCGGAAGAAGCAUCAGCUGUCCAUUGGCCCCUGCAAGUCCCUGCCCAACUCACCCAGCCAUUCAUCCGUCUCCGCAGCCUCCAUUCCUUCUGUCCACAUCAACCAGGCCACCAACGGCGGAGGAGCCUUCAGUGACUACUCCUCCUCUGUGCCCUCCACCCCGAGCAUCAGCCAGCGGGAGCUGCGGAUUGAGACCAUUGCUGCCUCCAACACCCCCACCCCCAUCCGCAAGCAGUCCAAGCGGCGCUCCAACAUCUUCACGGUAACCCCUGGCCCCCACCCCGACUCUCCCUACAAGAGCCCAGAGCAAAACGCAGGAACGGUGGGGAGAGGAAGAGGACUCUUGACUCUUCUCUUUCAGGGCAUUCUCCUCAAACGCAGCGGCAAGUCCCUCAACAAGGAGUGGAAGAAGAAGUAUGUGACGCUGUGUGACAACGGCGUCCUCACCUACCACCCCAGCCUGCACGACUACAUGCAGAAUGUCCAUGGGAAGGAGAUUGAUCUGCUGAGAACUACAGUGAAGGUCCCGGGCAAGCGGCUCCCCAGGGCCACGACGGCAGCAGCACCCAGUGCCAGCCCCAAAGCCAAUGGGCUGGCCAAGGAGCGGAGCAGCUCACAGCUGGCAGGAAGCACAGGUGCUCCCCACUCGACCAGCAGCACAUCCUUGCACUCCGAGCGCUCCAUCAGCGGCAUUAACCUGGUGGGCUUCAGCUCCAAGCCGGACGGGAUGCACCAGCGCUCCUACUCCGUGUCCAGCGCAGACCAGUGGAACGAGGCUGUGGCUAUCCCCGGCAGCUGCCCCAACCCCUCUAAUGGUACCGCCGACUCGCUCAGCUCCAGCCCAAACAUUUCCAGUACCGCCAGCCCGAAGCUGGAGCCGCCUCCGUCACCACAUGCCAACAGGAAGAAGCAUCGCAGGAAAAAGAGCACAGGGACGACUCGGCCUGAUGGCCCCAGCACAGCAGCAGAAGAACCAGAUGAGCCAUUUGAGUUCAUUAUCGUGUCGCUGACGGGCCAGACAUGGCUUUUUGAGGCCUCAACGUCGGAAGAGCGGGAGCUCUGGGUGCAGGCCAUCGAGAGCCAGAUCCUGGCCAGCCUGCAGGGCUGCGAGAGCAGCAAGAACAAGGCUCGGCUGGGCAGCCAGGGCGACGCUCAGGCCAUGCAGGCCGUCCGCACCGCGCGCGGGAACAGCUUCUGCGUGGACUGCGACGCUCCGAAUCCCGACUGGGCCAGUCUGAACCUGGGUGCCCUCAUGUGCAUCGAGUGCUCCGGGAUCCAUCGCAACCUGGGCACCCACCUGUCCCGCGUGCGAUCCCUGGACCUGGACGACUGGCCUAGCGAGCUUCUCAUGGUCAUGACAGCCAUCGGCAAUGCCCUGGCCAACGCCGUCUGGGAGGGAAUGGUGGAGGGGUACACCAAGCCCACUCCUGAGAGCAGUCGGGAGGAGAAGGAGCGCUGGAUCCGGGCUAAAUAUGAGCAGAAGCUCUUCCUGGCCCCACUGCCCCAGUCGGACAUCCCUCUGGGGCAGCAGCUGCUGCGGGCCGUGGUGGAGGAUGACCUGCGCCUCGUGGUGACGCUCCUGGCCCAUGGCACCAAGGAGGAAGUGAAUGAGACCUAUGGGGAUGGAGACGGGCGCACAGCGCUGCAUCUCUCCUGUGCUAUGGCCAAUGUCGUCUUCACACAGCUGCUCAUCUGGUACGGAGUGGACGUGAAGAGCCGGGAUGCUCGGGGCCUGACCCCGCUGGCCUAUGCCCGGCGAGCCGGCAGCCAGGAGUGCAUCGACAUCCUGCUGCAGCACGGCUGCCCCGGCGACAGCGCUGCCACGCUGACCCCCAGCCUGCCCCGCCGCAACGCCAACGCCAACAACAACGCUUGUGCCGCGGCACCGGCCGAGCUCGGCACCAGCCCCGGCGCGGUCUAACCCUGCGUGGGCUGUCCGCUCUCCCCACGGCCCCCCUCCAGCCCUGCUGGGGUCCAGGGCCGCAGAAGCGGGUCUGGGAGCACCACAACCGGGCAUCCCACGGUGCUUGCCCCCAUCGGGACUCCCGUUCUGGCCGAGAGGAGGCCGGGAGCCAGCUGGGAACCAGCAUCCCGCUCCUCUGUGCCGGUUCCAGUGGACUUUCCCAUGCAGCUAUGGGACUGUGCAGACCCGGUGCUGUCAGCUUGCAGAGGGGUUCCUGUUUAGUCACUGGGGCCACUCCAGUGUUCCCUGUUCUCGUGACCGGUACAUGGAGGGGGAGCUGGUUUCUCCUGCCCCCCCCAGACA